GUUGGCUUAACAUAAACUCGGUAAUAUUCUACAAAUUACUUCGUGCAAUUCAUCUGCAACCCUCUUUUGCUGACAAGUCUCCCAGCGCCACCAUAUCGCAACGGGCUUGCCAUACAGAAAUCAACGUGGUAUUCCUCUCUCUCUACCGCCAGAAUGCCGCGAGAUGUUCCUGCCUUCCGAACUAAUCUUCGCGAUGAUCAAGGCAAGACUGUACUCGGAAACGCUGACAACUUCUGGAUUUGGACCAAAGAGCCCGGUUUCGACCUCACACACCCUUCGACUCCCGAGUCGAAGCCUGUUGAGCCCCGCAUUAAGAUGAAAUGUGAAAUGACCCCGUUCACCAUCGACCCAAGUUGGGUCCAGGCUGGAAGAGUGGAAUCGCUUCUCUGAAGUCUGAGUACAAUCCCAAUAUUGAUAGAUCUCAGCAAGUCGUACCUUCACCGCUCAUCUCCCAACGUAAUACAUCAUUUCAAUCGUUAAUAUCAUGGAACCCUG